GCCUUUUGCGCCGCUUUUUCUUUCGAUCUUUCUUUCCCUCCCUCUCCCGGUGCUGCCUCAGCCUCUCCAACCAUGGUUUCUAUAAUUUCAGACCUGGACCCUCUGAAAAGCUGGAACGUGUUAAGGCAGGACGCCGGUGACCUCUCCGGGCCGAUACAAAGCAACGGCACAGCCGGGAAGAUGAACGGGGCGCUGGAGCAUUCGGACCAGCCAGACCCGGACGCCAUCAAGAUGUUUGUGGGUCAGAUCCCGCGCUCCUGGUCGGAGAAGGAGCUGAAGGAGCUGUUUGAGCCGUACGGAGCCGUCUACCAGAUCAACAUACUCCGAGACCGCAGCCAGAACCCUCCACAGAGCAAAGGCUGCUGUUUUGUCACGUUUUACACAAGGAAAGCUGCCCUUGAAGCCCAGAAUGCACUGCAUAACAUAAAGACCUUAACAGGGAUGCACCACCCUAUUCAGAUGAAACCUGCAGACAGUGAGAAAUCUAACGCAGUGGAAGACAGGAAGUUGUUUAUCGGGAUGGUGUCAAAGAAGUGCAAUGAGAACGACAUCCGGGUCAUGUUCUCUGCGUUCGGACAGAUCGAGGAGUGCCGGAUCCUUAGAGGGCCCGACGGACUCAGCAGAGGAUGUGCGUUUGUCACGUUUUCCACCAGAGCUAUGGCACAGAAUGCAAUCAAAGCCAUGCACCAGUCUCAGACUAUGGAGGGCUGCUCGUCUCCCAUCGUGGUGAAGUUCGCCGACACACAGAAGGACAAGGAGCAGCGGCGUCUGCAGCAGCAGCUGGCGCAGCAGAUGCAGCAGCUCAACAGCGCCACCACCUGGGGGAGCCUGACGGGCCUGGGGGGCCUCACCCCGCAGUAUCUGGCUUUGCUUCAGCAGGCAGCCUCCUCCGGUAACCUCGGAGCCUUCAGCGGGAUCCAGCAGAUGGCCGGUAUGAGUGCUCUGCAGUUGCAGAACCUGGCCACUUUAGCGGCGGCGGCAGCAGCGGCCCAAAACUCAGCCAGUCCCUCCACCGCAAACCCCCUGUCCUCCAACGCCGCCUCCCUGGGAGCGUUGGCCAGCCCAGCAGCGGGCACCACAGCCAGCUCCAACGCCGGCGCCAUGAACUCUCUGACCUCUCUGGGCACCUUGCAGGGCCUGGCAGGCGCUACUGUGGGCCUGAACAACAUUAAUGCACUAGCAGGUAGCAUCAACAGUAUGGCGGCUCUAAACGGAGGCCUGGGCGGCGCAGGGCUUACCAACGGGACGGCGGGCACCAUGGACGCGCUGACGCAGGCUUACUCAGGGAUCCAGCAGUACGCCGCCGCAGCGCUGCCCACCCUCUACAGCCAGUCCCUGCUGCAGCAGCAAGGGGCCGCAGGCAGCCAGAAAGAGGGUCCUGAAGGCGCCAACCUCUUCAUCUACCACCUGCCCCAGGAGUUUGGAGACCAGGACAUUCUGCAGAUGUUCAUGCCUUUUGGAAACGUGGUCUCUGCCAAAGUCUUCAUCGACAAACAGACAAACCUUAGCAAGUGCUUCGGCUUCGUCAGCUACGACAAUCCCGUGUCGGCACAGGCAGCCAUCCAGGCCAUGAACGGCUUCCAGAUCGGCAUGAAGCGGCUGAAGGUGCAGCUGAAGCGCUCCAAGAACGACAGCAAACCGUACUGAUCUUAGCACUAGGGUCUAUCUGCUCCCCCUGUUAGCACUGCUAGGAACAACCUCAUCUCCAUGCCUGUUAGCUCAUCGUUUGCCUAGCAUGUCUCCGUGGCGUCUCAAAAAAACACACAAAAACUUUUAAAAAACCCCAAGUGUCAUCGUCCUCCCCGUCAUUGUUUUUUCUGAUGUCUUUUCCGAGCUCACCUGAUCAUAACGUGGCCCUCCUCCUCCUCCUUCUCCGCUGCCUACUGACUUUUUGACAUUUUUUUGGAUUUUUUUUGUUUUUGCUUUUUUUAUUUUUUAAGUUGUUUCUUUUUUUGCAUGUGACCUCAUUUGGAUCUGGGAGGGUUUUCAGGGAGGCGAUAUACAAAUGGGGGUGGGUUUGGGUGAGAGAAAAUGAAUCAAUGUGAAAAAGAUAUAAAGCUGCAUUCAUAUAAAGAAAAAAGACUGAGAUUUUUAUGGAAACAUGUUCCUUUUUUGAAGAAAAAAACAACAACCUGUGGCAAAGUGAUUUCCAUUCAGUAUGUUUUCUUGCAUUUUUUCCUUCUUCUUUCUGUUUUCUUUUCUUCUUCAUUUAAAGUAAACUUGAAAGUUCACCACAGGAAUUGGCGCGACAUCUUGCUUCUGGCGCCGACGACGACAAAAACAAACAAAAAAAAGGCGCCCGGUCCAGAAGCAGUCCGCGCCAGUUUCUCUGCGAAAUAAGACUACUUCCAAACAGUUUUGAGUCAAAAACUGUCUGAUCAAUAUUAGACUCUCUCUCAGAGCUCUCCAAUGGUUUUUACAUUUUUCAGGCAGUGUAAAGUUUUUUGAUAAGGCCAUUUUAAGUGGCUCUGUUUCUCAUUCAAAGUCUAUAUAUAGAACCACUUUUUUCUAGAGUAGUUUAAAGGUAAAAAUAAAAAAAGACAUUUGCCCAGUUUGGGUGGGAGAAAUGCUACCUACUUGUGUCACCUUUUGCUGAACUGACUCACAGAUAGACAAUCCGUGGUUUAAAUGCACAUGAUGAAAUGACCUAUAUUUUCUACUGUUUAAAUGUAUAGAGGAAAAAAAAAACGAUUACUUGUAACCUGCGUUAACGUCGGUGCUUCUCGUGAGUUUAGUUGUGGUUUCAUCACAAGUCUAACGGUCUUAAAUGUUCUCAUGUUUUUCAAGAGAAGACUAAAAAAUCGGUUUACUUGAACAAUAGACAAAGCCUUUCAUAUUACUAUAACCGAGUGCUGCAGUAAUGAGUCCUAAAACCCGGGUAAAGUUAGUAUUUAGCAUUUCCUGUUCCGUCGACUUAAAGCCUACGGGGUUUUUGGACAGGUUUUCAUUUGGAUGCCUGAACUAAGAUCUAUGGUGAACACAAGAUUGUUUAAUUUUGGGAGGUUUUGCCUUUUAUUUUGAAGGGACAUCUGAAGAGAGACAGGAAAUACAGGGAAAAACAUUCACUGAACAUAUGCCAGGAACCGGAUUCCCCCAUCUGCUACGGCAACUGAGCUUUACCGGCUCCCAGAUCGAGAAAUUUAACCUUCUUUUCUACAACAUACAAUUGACAUCUAAGACACCCCACUUGCAGCUCACUUUUAAAAUUAUUUUGUCCAGUCUUUUCUGCAGGACUGUGGAAAGAAUCCGAGUGAAGCUACAUGCAACAGAACCACAAGUCUACUAGUUCCCAACAAGAGGCUAACUCGGACUAUAAGGGUUGUUGGGUUGCUUGCCAUCAUGCCAAAAAUACAAGCUUAUCUAGCAGAAAAACAACAAACAUGUUGCACCUGGCUUUCAAUAGGAUGUGGUUUAUGGUGUGCAACACUGUUUAAAACGGCACCAUGCAUUCAGUGCUGUGACAUGACUUUGGCAUGUCCAAUAGGUGAAAAGAUCUAUAUUUGCAAAAGAGAGAGGGUAAAGUCUUAAUAUAUAGAAUGAAGACUGCAUUGGCUUGAGUUCAACUCUUCCCAGAAUGCUGUCAAAAUACUUCCUACUCAACCAUAAUCAGACCUUGAAGCAGUCGUUGCUUGGUCUUGCCCUGGUGCCAGAGCUCGCCAAAAAUAUCUACUUUUACCUGCUGUGCAAAUUGCACCAAUAAAGGAUGGGACUUGUAAUAAUGUGCACCCUCCUUUGUUCUGUUUGCAGCACAAACUGGAUCUUACCUGAACUCCCCUUGGAAUAAAGGUUUUCUAGACAAGGUUAGAGCAAGGUAAUACAAGUUGGAAGCUUGGUGGUGUUGAAGUUUGUUGACUGUGGUGUGGUUCUCAUCAGCUCUUCACUUUCAGUGAAUGUGUUCCCGUGUAGAAUUACCAAAGUGUUGCUCAUUUCUAAAGAUUAUCUUAAUGGGCAAAACGUGCAAGUUCCAACCUUUGCUGCUAUCCUCAUCCUUAGUAGAGGGAAUGCCAAAGCUUUCCAAAUUAAGCGUACAAAUAUCUACUUUUACUGUCACUCACCCUAGAAACUUCCCGGCUAUUGUUUUGUUGCCUUGCACACUGUGCCAGUGAAGGAUUGGGCAUGCACUUGUGUGUGCUACUUCACUGCUCUUUGCAUGGUUCAACCUGCAUCCUAUCUCAAAGCCCCCGCAGGAGAACAUUAACCUAGGAGAGGCAAGCUUGAGGAAAUGAGAGCUGGAAGCUUAGUGGUGAAGCUUGAGGCAUCCAUUGUUUUUACAUCUAAAGAAGUGGAAGUAUUUCUCAUUUGUUUAGAUUAUAUUGAUGGACUAAUGUGCAAGUGUCAAACUUCUUUGCUGCUCCCCUUGUUCUCCUAAGGCUUUCCAAAAUAUAUGACAAAAAAAGUCUACUUUACUGCCACUAUUACGAACAAGCUAGCCAAUGACGUUCAGCUUGUACUUGGAUAUGCACCACUCCUGCUCUUUGCAUGGUGCAAACUGCAUCCCAUCUGAAAGCUUUUUACAAAGAAAGUGCUUUCUAGAAGAGGCCAGGCUGAGGAAGUGAACGUUGGAAGGCUUGUGGUGAAGUUGAAGUUCGUCGAAAAUAGCUGUUUGUACUUAUAAUUAUGACCAGAUUUGUGAAGAUUAUCUUGAUGGACAAAACAUGCGAGUGUCCACUGUCUUUGCUGAAGAAUUGCCAAGGUUUUCCAACAUAAUACAACAAAAAAUAUCCAUGGUAACUACAAACAGCCCAAGCUACUUCCUGACUAUUGUUCCAUUUCAAACCAAUGCCAAUUAGAGAUAGGACUUUCACUUGUGUGCACCCUACUUCUUUGCUCUUUGCACGGUGCAAACCACAUCCUACCUGAAAGCCCCUUACAUAAGAGUCUUUCCUAGAGAUUAGGCAACAAAGGUAGAAGCGUCUUUCGUUGAUUGCGUCCAAGUGAUGAAAGUAUGACUUACUUGCAAAGAUUAUAUUGUCUUUGCUGAAGAAAUGCUAAAGCUCUCCAAAAUAAUACAACCCAAAAUAUUUAUUGUGACUGCAACUCUCCCAAGCUAUUUCCCUGCUUUUGUUUUGGUUGCUUUGCAAAUUGUACCAUUGAAAGACUGGACUUGCACUUGUGUGCACACUGCCCUUUGCAUGGUGCAAACCACAUCCUGCCUUGCAAAGAAAGUAAAAAGGCUGAAGUCAUUCGAGAGUCGUGAAGUUCAUUUAUAGACUUGAAUAAGCUUUUUUUUUGGGGGGGGGGGUUGCAUUUAUGCUUCGAAAUAGUGAAAGUAUUGUUAAUUUGCAGAGAUUAUCUUGAAAGUCUGAAAGUGUGCAAGUGUCAAGCUUCUUUCCUGAAGGUAUGCAAAGGCUUUCCAAAAUAAUACAACAAAAAAUAAUACUAAGCUACUUCCAGGCUUGUGUUUUUGGUUGCCUUGCAAAUUGCACCAUUGAAGGACUGGACUUGCACUUGCAUGCAUACUGCCCUUUGCAUGGUGCAGACCACAUCCUGUCUGAAAGCACCUCUCAAAUUCUGAUUAUCUUAACAAGGAAAAUGCAAACAUGUCGAACUUUACACCACAGCGCUUAUUUUCAGGAAUAAUCCAAAAACACAUAGGAAAACCCCUGUGAGCUUUUUGCCGUCAGAACCAGCGCUAUGCUAACGUCCGGGUUGGCCUACAAAAAUCCGUCAUCUCUGCAGCACUCCAUAGUUAAUUUGUUGUUUUAUUUGAUUUAUUUUCUUCUUUUUUUAAGGAGUCCCUAUUUGCUAAAUUUGUUGUUGUUUAAUUAGCUAUAUAAAAUUCCUAAAAAUAUAUAUAAAUAUAAAUAUAUCUAUAUAUAUAUAAUGUCAGCUUGUGAAGCAUCAAUGUCAUUAUUAUUUUAUUUCUCUCGUGGGAAACAAUAUUUAGAUGUGUUUUGUUGUUCAGCAAAAUGUCUUAUAACGAAAAAAAGACAAGAUCAGUGGAGUUUAGUGCCAAAUUCUGAAGGUACUUCCUGCCUAGCGCGUCAGUGUAUUUCUUGUGAAAUUAUUUGAUAACAUGGGUAUUUUAUUAUAAGUGUUUUGUAUGGAUCCCUCAUAUUUAAAGUAUAGAUUUAAAAAAGAGUUUGUUAACUUGCUAUUCUGUGGUCUUGUUGCCUGAAAAAUGUCAUGUUUGCUUUUUUUCUUUGUAAAGAUGUAAAAAUAAGAAAACGAAAAAAAAGUGCCCAUGUGUCAUAUAUAAAUAUCUAUAUACACGCACACACGGACACAGACAGUCACAUAUUCUCGUGCAGACCUCACAGUUUUUACUUUCUUGUUGUGCAUGAGAGCCCCUGAGCGUGAAAAGCCUCUGCAGCAAACCGCCACCUACCUACCGGCCCGCCACCGCCCAGCGUGCACACACACACUUUAAAAGCAGAUAUUUUUAGCCAUUGUACAGCCGUUUUACUCAUCAAAGCCUUACCACAAAUCUUUGCACUCCUCACACAAACACAGACAUCAGGCUUCAGCGUCUAUUGUUCUGAUUGUUUUCCUCGUACGCCGUCGCGCUCCUCAGCUAGGUAAAAAUUGAGGUGAUAGUCAUACGCGAAGCCUUAUUUCUCCAAAAUCCUCUUAUCCCUUUUUGUUGAGUCGUAGCCGGCGCCGUUUGUCUCAGACAGGCGAGAGGAUCAUUACUUUUUGUGUAUCACCUCAGACGAGCGUGCUUUUCUUUCAUGAUGUAAGCACAGGGCAAGACUCGCUCGUUCAUUCGAGGGGAAUUUUAAAAAAGCACAGAAAAGAAGAGGCGGGACGGUCCCGAAGCAAGUUUUAUCCUUUGAUUUUUCCCUGUGGUUGUAAGACUUCUCCAUGUGUGAGUCUUAUAUGUGGGCCAAAAUCAUGUUUAGAUGCCAAAGUGUGUUGAUGACAUUCUCAUAGUCGAGCCGUUUACAUGGCACAGUGUUGUCAAGUCUAUUCAACUGCCCCCUAAACCCCCUCCCUGAAAGCCUAGUUUACGCUCUGCAAAAAAAUAAAAAUAUAAAUAAAAAGGCAGCAUUAUUUUCUACAGAAGCUCACCAGUCGCCUUAAACAGGGAGCGUUGUACCAGUAUUAUCAGAGACGAUGUUGUCAGUGAACGAUGUGCCACGUCCAGGUUCACUUCAGUGUACAGUUAAACCUCCCAUCUGUCCAAGUCUGGGUUUCGCCAUUUUGUCCGGAGCAGAGAGAAUCUGAAAUGGCCGUUUUUUUUUAUCCUCGCAGCGUGGAAGGAAGGAAGAAGGAGAGAAAACGAGGCUCCUCUGUCUGCUUGUUGUCUCCCAGGCUAACCCGGGUUAUUAGAAACAGGGCUAUGUGGAGAGACGUCUUAUUGGAAUAGCGGCUGGGGAAAUAAAGCACUCGUUGGCUGCAGAGGAAAGGGUCACGUCCGCAGCUCCACACAGGCAAAACAACAGCCGCAGCCGAGAUGAAGGCAAUACAGCUUUCAUUAAAGACCAAACCAAUACCAAACUUUACAAACAGAUCUCAUGGAGGGAGGCGAGCAGACUUUUCUUUUUAAUAAAAUGCAGUAUAAAUACGAGCAGUGCCACAAACAGCCAUAACUACCUGUACGAAAGCUGGACGACCAGAGGCCCAGUCCUAAUCGGUGUUCAUGGACCAGUUUUCAGACCAGCGUGCGUGUUCUGUUGAAAUCUCUGAGACUACGAUUGCACAUUUAACAUCGUCACCUCUCCCGCACAAUUUCAUAGUCCAUGUGGAAGUUUCGUAAAAGUGUGCUGUUUGAGUCGAGGCCGAGCAGACUGUUUUUACGGCGGGAUCGCCAAACGCAGCACCGUGGUCGGUGGCGAUAUUCACCACAGUACGACUCUGAAGGUCGUCUAGCUUCUUUUUGUUGAAGUAGUCAUAGGGUAAGGAGGAAGCAUCCACCUGUGGUGGUGGAGGCUGAUACACGAUAAGUGCGCUGGUUUGGCUUUAUAUUAGCAUUCUGAACAUGUAUACCUUACUGUUGUAGUCACAUAAUUACAAUAUGAGCAGUAGUUAUGCCGCCAUCAAAGUAAGGUUAGGACCAACCAGGGUUUGUUUUUAAAUGACAUUUGGUUUAGUUUUCAAUAAGUACCUACUGAACUGUGCAGAACUUUUAGACAUGUUUGAGCCAAAAAUUCAGACUGGAAAAAGAGGGAAACGGGCAGGUUAGCCACCUGAGGGUACCACUGAGCAGGAAGUGGGAUUGACACAAUCCCAGUGGUGUUAGAGAUGUCCUUGCAUACCACCAGGCGCAUUGGGAAAAUAAACGGUUGCAAAAAUAUCUAAGUCCACACCUUUAGGGUGGAGUAAGGCAUAUUACUAGAAGUAAAAAGGCCUGGACAACACACGUCAAAGAGCUUUACCUCGGCCAUCAAGCUUCAUCUUAACCGUGUAGCUUGACCUUGGCCGUCGAGCUUGACCUUGGCUGCCCUUCCAUUCUCCAAUGGUCCUGUUAUGAAUCCUCAGUGGCCUACAUGCCUUAAACUUAUGCACAUGGCAAUAGGUAGCUUGCUAAGGUAUGUACAUAACCUAAUUAGACACAAAACUUUUUUUUUUUUUUUUACACUUCAACAGUAAGAUAAGUUCCUAUUGUUGAUUUUUUUUUGAAUGGUAAAGAUUGGCUUUGUCUUUUGAACAUUUAAGUAACUUAAUAAGCUCAAUACAACCUGUAGUCGCACAACUGUGUUGGUGGUUUGCUAACAAACGUGGUUAAAUACUGAUGAACUGUUGGUUUUAGGAAAAAGAUGGGGUUGGCUUUCAGUGUGCAUUUUUAUACAUUAUCUAACCAUGUUUAUUGGGUGAAAAACCCAAUGGAGUCAUACAAAGUGUUGUUUCGCAACCAACAGCAUAAGAUACAUAGGUAAUUCAGUACUUACUCAAACCCAAACCGCCAGCUCCUCCCUUAGACUAACCAAUCAGGUUCAGGCUAAAUAAAACCAAGUAGUUGUGGCGUAAACAUACAUUACACCUACAUUCAAAUACUGAUAUGUGAAUAGUUUGGGGGUCUAUGAACCUUUCUGAGGUUCCCUUGCUGACAUGGAAAGCCGACACUAAUGUUCCUUGUGUCUUUCAUUAACAGGAAAGCGCUUUGUUUUAGGUAAAAGUAGAUCUGACGACCGAGGGCUACCUAUGCAGUCACAUUUUGAAGCUACAGACCAAUCUGCUGCGUUUGGCAAAUUCAGAGUGAGAACACCUUAAAUGGCCGUCUGCUCGGCUCGACUUUUUUAACGUCCCAAAAAGUAUGUCGUAAAUUGCCAAAUCUCACCGGGUUGCACACAGCCUGACGUUGCACAGUCCGGUGCGAAACAUCUCUGUCUUUGUUUCAAUGUCGAAGCACAAAAGGGGUCGUAGAGACAGCGGUUGCGUCGACGCGGCUCACCUCAGGGGCUGUCAUGGUCGAUGCUUGUUGUAAUCUAUCUUGUCACUGUUCACUUCUCUGUUCUCCUUCUUUCUUAAUUAUCUUAAGUGCUAUUUAUCAAACAAUGAAAUCUGAAAGGACAAAAAAAAUGAACUUGUCGUUUCUUUGCAUUAUGGCUUAUGUCAAAGUUUUUGAGGAAAAAUGUUUUGUGUGUUCUCUUUCCGUGCCGUAAAAAAAGAGCUUGUUGUCUGUAGAAAUUAUUCAAUUUUUUCUUUUAUUGUUUUUUGGUUUCUUUUAACUUCUCAAAAAGGUUUUCAGUAGUUUAUUGUCUUGAGAGAAGCCAAAGUCAAUGCAUUUCAGUGGAUCCUGUAAGCGUGAUGUAUGUUUGUUUGACAACACUUCGAAAUCUGUCACUGGAUGGGAUUUAAAAGUACAAAAAAUGCAGGCUUUCCUAUUUCUACAACUGAUUGUACUUAUGCAUUUUGUACCAGUGGAAUUUUUUAUACUGGAGAUUAAAGGAUACAACAAAAAAAUCUUAGAAAAAAAGCUGUCUGGCCUGGUGGUGUGGCCUGACCAUGACUGGUCCCCGAGUAUGAUUUCUAGCUGGCAUCAAGAAAGUUGGCUUUUGAUAUCAGAUUUUCUAGAAGAUCUUUGGCUUUAUUUCUUUCACUUCUUUUUCCUCACUUGAGUGUUGUUCUUUCUUUCUACCUUUCUUUCGUUAUUUAUGUUUUUUGACGGUGCCGUCCCACUGAAUUCGUCCAGGAUGUGUAGAGACGUACUUUUCGGCUUCGCCCACCAACACUGCUCUCUAGCUUUAUCGAACUGAGGAGUCUUUUCAACAAAAAUGCACUCUGCAGUGAAUUUCCUGAACAAACAUUUUUGUUUCAUUGAUGAAUUUCUUAAAAGUGGCAUCAUCUUCUUCCAUUGAAAAGCACAGAAAAAUUCAGGUACUUGGUUUCGUAAGGUAGUCUUUAUACAUGGUUAUGUUUAAGAGUGAUGAUGCCUUUUCAAGUCACUUGCAAAUCGUUCUGUACAGUGGUGCAAAUUCCAAAAAAAUACAGGCAACUAGGCUUGUUUCUUUGGAAAGUUGCCCAAAUAUCAUCAGUUGCAGGCUCUAUUUUUGGGACUUCUUUGGGCUCUAAUUUACCAUUGCCACUUCCACCAUUUAGCUCCCUGUAUGUACACUCAAAGGUGAAGGUCAAAGUGGAAUUUAUGCAUUGUCUUUAGUCAAUAUUUGCUUGGUUGACAAUCCAAAAAACGAAACCCCACGACAAAGAAUAUGAGAAAGAGAGCAAGUUAAAAGAGUGUCUUCUAGCAGAAGCAAUGUGCAGAUUUAUUUAGUAUGAAAUUCUUGUACACAAUAUUGAUUGAUUUCCUCAAUUUGGCGAACAGACAUUGGAUUUACUGUCAAAACAAGCCAGAGUUACGUGUGUCAGACAUUCCCUAAUGUUGACUUUUCUUUGUUGGAAACUUCAGGGGAAGUUCUGGAACUGGCCAGUUCCACCCACUAUCCCAAAAGUUGCCAACUACUGCCUAUUGUUUGGCUCAAAUUGAAGGGAAAGCCCACAACAUCCCUGGCUUCACCAACAUUCUGUGGAUGAUGUCAUUCUUCAUGGUGACAUCAUCCAUCCAUUUUCCAUCCAUUUUCUAUACGGCUUAUUCCGUUACGGAUUGUGGGGGGGCUGGAGCCUAUCCCAGCUGUCAUCGGGCGAAAGGCGGGGUACACCCUGGAAACCCUGGACUGGUCGCCAAGCAAUCGCAGGGCUGACAUAUAGAAACAAACAACCAGGCAUGGGGU